AAAUAAUACAAUAAUUUUUGUUUUGUUUUUCCGCCUAGUAAAUAACGACGUACGUUAAAAUAUUUAAGAGUUCAGUAAGAAAGGGGAAGAAAGCGUGACACAAUGUUGUGAAUCUCGUGAUUAUAUAAGUGGAGUUUUGUCCAUUUGUCAAACACUAUCUAUAUAUGUUUUGAUAAUUUCAUAGUCGCUUUUAAAGAGCAUCAACAACAACCACACGCUUCUCAAACAUCAAACCAAGCCUCUCUUUCACUUCCUCAUGGAAUAUUCCGACGACGGCAGAUUCGACGUGAUUGUCGUUGGAGCAGGAGUUAUGGGAAGCUCCGCCGCGUAUCAGCUGGCAAAAAGAGGCCAGAAGACUCUUUUGUUAGAGCAAUUCGAUUUCCUCCAUCACCGUGGCUCUUCUCACGGCGAGUCACGCACCAUACGUGCCACUUACCCGGAGGAUUACUACUACUCCAUGGUUUCCGAGUCGACUCGGUUAUGGGCUGCGGCUCAGUCCGAGAUUGGAUACAAAGUUCAUUUUCCAACUCAACAAUUCGACAUGGGUCCGGCAGAUCAGCAGAGUCUCCUCUCCGUUGUGGCCACGUGUCAAAAACACGGGCUAGCUCAUCGGGUUAUGGAUUCUCAUGCAGUUUCCGAGCAUUUCUCCGGGAGGAUUAGUAUCCCGGAGAAUUGGAUCGGAGUUUCGACGGAACUUGGUGGGAUUAUCAAACCCACCAAGGCCGUCUCCAUGUUUCAGACGCUUGCGAUUGGACAUGGUGCCAUCUUAAGAGACAACACCAAAGUUGCAAACAUAAAGAGAGAUGGUGAAAGUGGGGAAGGGGUAAUAGUCUGCACGGUGAAAGGAGAUAAGUUCUACGGUAAAAAAUGCAUUGUAACCGCGGGUGCAUGGAUAAGUAAGCUGGUGAAAACGGUGGCCGGGAUAGAUUUUCCGGUGGAGCCCCUUGAGACUACGGUGUGUUAUUGGAGAAUCAAAGAAGGCCACGAGGAGAAAUUCACGAUAGACGGAGAGUUUCCGACUUUCGCGUCAUACGGAGCUCCGUAUGUGUACGGAACUCCGUCUUUGGAGUAUCCGGGACUGAUCAAAGUGGCGGUUCACGGUGGUUAUUGGUGCGAUCCGGAUAAGAGGCCAUGGGGGCCAGGAGUGAAGUUAGAGGAGCUUAAAGAGUGGAUAAAGGAGAGAUUUGGAGGGAUGGUUGAUUCCGAAGGACCCGUGGCGACUCAGCUUUGUAUGUAUUCGAUGACACCGGACGAGGAUUUCGUGAUUGAUUUUCUUGGAGGGGAGUUUGGGAGAGAUGUGGUGGUAGGCGGCGGGUUUUCCGGUCAUGGUUUUAAGAUGGCGCCGGCGGUGGGGAGGAUACUGGCGGAUAUGGCGAUGGAGGUGGAGGCCGGAGGUGGAGGAGUUGAGAUGAAACAGUUUAGUCUCCGACGGUUUGAAGAUAAUCCUAAAGGAAAUGCAAAGGAGUAUCCUGACCAAGUGAUACUUGAUGUCCCAUUGAAACAUUAAACUUUGUUACAAAAUGUCAACUGCUGAAUUAAAAAAAAAAUAUGGUUUUAAUUAUAAGUCUUUUUCUAGAAAUCAUAAUGUGUGUCUCGUUGUUUUUUUGUUUUGUUUUUGGGGCAAAUAGAACCAUCACUUUGAGACAGCAUAACGAGACACUUCAGUUUUGGCCUUGGGCUACGAUCAUAGCAAAUUUGCGAUAACAUAUAAUUGUUGUUGGGUCACAAGAAAGCCUGAAGGAAACAAAUAAGGUCUAUAGUGGGAAUGGUGGAACAGAGUGACUAACCAUAAACCACCGAUCCUGAGGACUGAUUUCUCAAAGUAGAGAAUUUCUUCUAGAUAGUUUUCACCAAUACCACUUAGUAAUGUAUUUCAAGUAGUGCUGGACCAAAGGACCGCAUUAGUAUUCAACCUAUCUACUUCUCUUCAACUAAGGAUCGAAAUGAGAAAUUUUG